UUCCGUGUUUGAAGCUACGACCCCCGCGGCGAUGCGCCGCGGACCACGCGCCCGGUGCGCGCACGGAGCGCAGAUUGAUGCUUCCUACUGGUCUUUCGGGCCGCGCGGAAAAUCGGACCGGGAGCCGGGCUGGGGACAGUCAGGGGGAAUCAACGCGGGGACGAUGCUGUUUACGCCGAGCGAGGAUUUGUUUCGGAAGAUCGCGGGAAAUAUCAAGGAUGAGAACUACCCCGGACACAUCGAGGGCAACGCGGUCGAGCAGGAUUACAUCAGCCGGUUUUUUGGGGACUGGUGGCACCACCUGGAUUGCGCUUACAACUACCAGCUGCAUCAGAUGUACAACGCCAUGCAGCCAAAAACUUUUUCGAAACCGGACGCAAAGACCGCGAAAUACUUCCAAGACCUGAAGAUCAUCCACUUCUCCGGCGCCGCCGAGAUUAAGCCAUGGGAUCUGGUGCUGCGUGGGGAUGCGGAGCGGAUAGAAGAAGAAAGUGAGAAGCUGGAGGAAAUUUUGGUUGGCUUUGAGGGGUAUCUGCUGUGGGAAAAACUGGAUCCAGGGAGGUUUGCGAGGGAGUUCGAGAGAAAUGCGCGCUUCAGAUACACGCUCGAAUUUGAAGAAGCGGGAGGUGUUUCGUCGUCUUCUUCUCCGACCGAGAAUAUUGCACCAGCUGCGCCGCGCCCAAUAGGGUUCAACUGGCACGACCCCAAAGGAACGGAUGUGCAAUUUUGCCCUCUCCUUCCGGACUGGGCGUUGAAAAAAUGCAAGCACAUCGUCCUGGAGUCCUACAAUGCGUGGAUAGACACGUGCCAGAAGCUGUUUGAUGCUCAUCCACCCCUGCAGCGCUAUUACGUCGGGGCAAAACGACCGCAGAGGGAGGUUAUUAUCGGCGGCCUGACCUUCCCUCACAUCUCCGGCCUGCAGAGACACAUCCGAGCAAUCCAGAAAAAAGCCGAGGAGCGAUGGCUUUCUCGAGCCGCUCUUGCAGUGACGGACAGCGCACUCGAUGACGAAGACCAGACAUUUUUCCUGGACCUGCUUUCUUUCCACCCAGAAGCAGAUCAAAAGCUCACCAACGCGACGAGGAUAGUCUACGGGGCGCAUCCGGACGCAUCAGCGAAUUCUUUCAAAGUGCAGAUAUCGGGGCUGCCAGUCGCCGAAACCUUCAGCACGAAAAAGUGCAUUGAAGGCGUGGAGACGCACUUUUCCAUAAGAUGGAGUGGGCCGGUGGUUGUGCGCCUUGGAUUAGAGCCAUAUCGCUGCAGAGAAGAAAUAGCGGCCGAAGAAUCCUUGACACCAGGGUCGACGAGCGGAGGAAGUGAGAGCCAGAUCGCAGGAACGGCUAUACCGAGAAUAACGGUCGACAAGAAUCCGGUGGCAAAAUCGAUCCUCGUGCAGCGCAGCAAAGCACUUGGAGCGCAGUUUGAGUUUUGUCCCGGCAGGAGCGACGUGAACUGGGCAUUUUCGUCGCGGCAGGCUUUCAGUGCCGUUGUCCUGCAGGUCGUGAACGAACCGCGGGUACGGGGGGGAAAGUGUAUUUUGCCUUUAGAUGCAUGCUUCUCAGCUUCGUGUACCAGGCUUGAUUAUUGAUUAGAGCCUGUACGAUUAAUCGACCCCCUUCUCGAUACCGAGAAGCCCCCCCGAGUCCGGAUUCUGACCGACCUUACCCCCCAACGCCCCCCUUCUCGAAAUCGGGGGGCUGUUUAUCGCGCACCCCGAUUCCGAAUCCUAACGCCGACGCUACGGCGCAUCUUGCGCCAACUAUUCCUUCUCUUCAGCUUUCAAAAUCGCGGCCGCAGGCGCGGCCCCAACGCUCUUUAGAGCAUGACUCGCAUCGAGAGAAACACACACGGAACCCGCGCACUGUGUCGCGUUUUGCUCUUUCUGUCGGUUUUUUUUACAGCAAGCAGAACCCAGCGAAUUUUAUUUCGCCCGACUUGCUCGGCAGCUUUUAGCCACCUGCUUCCUUCCAUGUCCCACACUGUUCUCGCUAAGACGAUCAGGCCGUCAUCUUUCGGAGAGCAGUAGCGCAGCCAGUUCGCAACGGAUGCGCUCCGCGCGCAGUAAAACUUUUCCACUGCGUGGCGGAUUGGAUCUGUUGUGUACUAAAACAAGAACAGAUCUAGUCUGCCGUAGAUCUCGGAAAUUCUUUGGCGCAGCUUGCGGCCUUUUCUUUGGCAUAGGCCUUAUUUGCGCUUCUUUCGAAAAACGCUCCGCCCCUCUUGUUCCUCUUCUUGAAAGGCCGCACCUCUUGAAAAAAAGUCACCGAAGCGCAGUAGGAGAGUGGAGACAACUUUUGCCAUUGCCCCAGUGCGCCCGCUCGGCUUCUUUAAAAUUACGCAGCGCGGCUCGGUUCAAAGUGGGCGCCUACCUCCUCCGCGUGGGGUUUUGCUUUGCAGUGUGUAGUAGAUGGAUAAGUGCGAAUGCGGGCGGUCUUCAGCUUCAUUAUUUUCUGGCGCUCCUACUUAUUGACUCUAGUUUGGUUCUAGGGUGGUAAUCAAGUCGCAGUCGGAUCAGAACUACUAGAAGUCAGUCGCGGAGCCGGAGCGGCAGCCACGACAGCGCCGGCGUGGCGAUUUCUGCUUAUUUCUGCUCUGGCUUUUUAGAAGUGGCUGCGCCAGAAAUAGAAUUAGAAACCGCGCUGGGUAUACGUGGAAACCACGCUACUAGCCAACCACGCUAGCGCACGGCAAUAAGAACGCACGACCAGCGCACAACCAUACUCUUUAAACUUGCCAAGUCCUAAUCCCUGGCGCUAUGGGAGGGGAAGCUCCGCGCUCACGUUUUGGAUUUGGCGGCGAAUUGAGCUAGACUGAGUCGGCUACUUUUGGGGAGGCCGGACGACCGACCAUACCUACCCCCCCCUUCUCGGUACCGAGAAGGGGGUCGAUUAAUCGUACGGGCUCUUAUCCUUUUUCCGCAUGAAGUUUUCUUUACUUCUAGAAGAGCCACUGAUUCCAACUUUCCAAUUUUCUGAAGCACAUACUGGAUAACAGGGUUUUUCCAGAGGUGGUUUCGGAACCUUCCCCUGUGUCGCUCGCGCCGCCCGACGAGAAGCGAGACCUGGCACACCUUCGAGGAAAGGAACAUUGCAAAAGCGACUGCCUUUUUCGGCUCUCUCCGCAGUUCAUUGGGUAUCAAAGACGAGGAUGUUCUUACGACCACCUCCACAGCCCCGGUGCACAGAAGCGCUAUCGUCGCGAUAACGACACAGGGACUCGCGGAGGACGCCCGAACCGGUAUGCGGAAAAUUUGGCCGACCUGGAAUCUGGACGACAGCCUCAGCGAAGUCGACGACCGGUGCAAUGUGGUGAUUGUUGGCGCAGUGCCUCUCGGGCAAGAGGAUAGGAUAGAAGUGAAGCUGAGCGGGAGCAUGGCAGUGUACCAGGGCGCGUUGAAGAAGGUCGAGAGUUGAUGUGUACCAAGGCUGCAUCGUGACUGGUUCCCGGACUAUUUUUUUGCACGGAGAACAGCACUACGAGCCGCAUGAACUUCUUAUCUGUACGCCAUACAGAUUGUUGUGCGAUGGCUUCAUAAUUCGUUUACAUGGCUGGGGACAACGAAACUUGUUGAAUUAUACUACGCCGAGACGAGCAAUUCCUCAUUCCUCACGAACGCUGUUUCGAAAACCAUUACUCCACUUCCCUGCUGAAGAUCGAUCAGACCAUAGUGAAUUUGAAUUUCUGUUUAUCUUCCGAGUUGUACUGAAGAACGCUGCUUCGUAAAGACAAAUUUACCCACGAAAGGACCUAUCGCGCAAU